CCUUUGCAUAAAGGCGUAGGGAUUGACAAGCAGAGAAAAAUUGCAGACGGACACCUGCGGUGGUCUGUUAAAUCAUGUUAAUAAUGGACAGUGAGGAAAGCGCCUUAGACGAUGACUUUCUUCUGUAUUCAGUGCUUUACUCUUCGAUCACAGUAGUCUUUGCUAUGGCUGUCUUGUCGAAGUUUUUGACAAAUGAGUUCAGAUUUGGAAUCCGUUCUGUUCUGACUUUGGCUAUUUUAUUUAUUGGAGAGCCAUUAUGCCAAUUUCUAAUGAAAGGGCCCCAAGGUGUCAUGGCUUUUGGACUGGGCUGUUUACUUGUGUAUUCUUUAUUGCCGUCCGGUCACUUACCUGCAACAAAGAAGGCAGUGCUUAUUACAGGUUGUGACUCUGGCUUUGGUCAUGCUUUAGCCAAAAAACUAGAUAGUAUAGGGAUGAAUGUGUUUGCUGCAUGCCUGGACAGUAAAGGCCCUGGUGCUCUUCACCUCAAAAACACCACUUCUACAAGGCUCAAAAUAGUGCAGUUAGAUGUGACAAAAGAAGAGGAGAUUCACAGUUGUUUGCAGUAUGUGGAGGGUAAUCUCAACAGAGCAGGAGACCCACCAGGCCUGUGGGGUCUAGUGAACAAUGCAGGGACUGCGUCACUGGGAGAGAUUGACAUGACUGACAUACGCCAGUUCCAGAAAUUGAUGGAGGUGAAUUUCUUUGGAACUGUGCGCAUGACCAAAGCUUUUCUUCCACUUCUACGCCAGGCUGGGGGACGGGUAGUUAAUGUGAGCAGUAUGGCAGAUCAGCUGCCUACUCCAUUUUUUGGUGCUUACUCGGCUUCAAAGCAUGCAAUUAAGGGCUUCACUGAAACCCUUCGUCAUGAGAUGAAGAAAUGGAAUAUUCAAGUUUCUUUAAUAGAGCCUUCAGGUUUUUGCACAGGAGCAACUACUGAGGACUCCAUUAACACAGUUCAGAGACAAACAUGGGAGCAAAUGGACAGACACACUAGAGAGAGAUAUGGAGAAGAAUAUUACAACCAACUGUUUGCCAAUUACCGUAACUUCAUAUUGAAUUUUAGUAAGGAUCUGUCUCCUGUUGUCCGUGCUAUGAGAAGUGGUCUGUUAUCCAAGAGGCCUCGAGAGAGAUACCCGUGCGGCAGGGGAGCAGAGACAAUUUUGACUCUAUUUGGGAUACUUCCUAUCUGGAUGUCUGAUAAGAUUAUUCAAACAUUUGGUUUGGGUGUCAAGAAUAUAAAACCUAGAGUUCUGUCAUAAUUGUUGUUGGUCUGUUUUUCGGGUUAUUGGGGUCACUUAAAUUGAUGAGAUGUUUUAAUGUUGUAUGUUUACACACGCACACGCGCACACACACACACACACGUAUACAGGUGUUUAAAGAAGGAAAAUAAGGCCAGAGCUGGGUUGCAGACAUGCACAUCAAGCGAAAGGAAAUUGAAUAGGAUGAUUUUUGAGAGAUUUACAAUUUGUGUACUCAGUUCGCUCAGUGAACUGCAGUGCAUGAACUAACUAUUGAGGAAGAUUCCCCUUUUAAUAGGCAGCUUUUUAGUAGGUAUGAUCUCAAAUGGUUAAAUUAAGGGUAUCAUUUAGCCAGGAAAAUUAUGAAAUAUUUUUUCAAGUUGAGGAUUACACCAACUUGUUUAUACUAAGAAAUAUCAAGUAGUAAGUUGGUCAUAUGCACCAUUUGGUCAAAAAUAUUUGUUUCAGAGCCAGAAUGAGGGAAAAGAAUACAGUAGAAAUCGCUCUUCCAAAUAUUUAUACUGAGAGCAUCAGGAUCAGGGGUAUAGGUAAAGAUAAACUGGAGGAAUUGAGAAAGAUAAAUGUCUUCUUAUUUGUUAAUUUACAAUUUUUUUUCGGUUUAAAAAUGAUUUGUUGAAGCCGUGCUUUACACAGGCCUUAUCAACUGAUUGGUGCUCCAUAUCUGCUUGGUUGAGAGAAUGUAUUUAUCAUGUAACAUGUGAACAUUCUGUUAAAAUUAUUUGGGCCAUUUGCAAACUAUGAAUAUUUCAUUUUUUAUAUUGUACAAUAUAAUUUUUUGAUGUUAGAAGAUUGUGAAAUAUCCUUGUGACAAUGUUAUGCCUUUUAUUUGUUAUGUGUAAAUGCAGAUUUUUUUGUAUAGUCUCAAUAUAGUCCUUUGUAGAACAUAAAUAUUUGGAUUUAUUAUUUAUUCAAUGUGAAUAGCACGCAAUAAUUUACACAUGGUGUAAAAAAAAUUGGCAACUUCAGACAGUUUAAGUCUUAGGGCUAUAUUUGCAUUAGCUGUCAGUGUUGCAGUUAUAUGAUAAUCACUAGCUUAUAAUUAAGAGCCAAGCGUUGUGGCAUGCCUAUUGAUAUCAUUCCAUUUUUUUUUUUAACUCAUAACUGUUUACUAUCUAAUAUUUAUAAAUAUGGUACUUGUUAUAUCUCACACUACAACAUAACAUUUGUUUAUAAAUUGUUUUUGCGUAUUUAUUAUCAUCUUCAUUCUUGGUAUUCUGUGGAACUUAUUCUGUGGAACUUCACAUUUCAAGAAGUGAGCCUAAGCAGAAUUCGAGUUUGUGCACAUUCUGAUACUUGUGCAUGCUGGUAGCAAGAGUUGAUUGCAUUGGUUUUUGUAUUUUGCUGCUUGCCCCCUUCAUGAACAUGAGCAUAUGCAGAAAUCUUAUGGUUAAAUUUCAAAUAUGGAGCAAAAGCAUCCUGGAAAUUGAAUGAACUAACAUACUAACAUGAAUGGUGAGAAAAGAUUAUCAUCAAUUUUGUAAUAUUUAUUACAUGUAAUAAUGGAUAAUUGUAAACAAUUAGUAUUUUAUUUGUAAAUGCUUCUUCAUUGAA